CAGACAUACGAUAACGAAAACACAUAAUGGAUACUCAAGGGAUCGUAGAAGAAGCAACAAUGCAAGAAAAUCCUAACAACAAGUAUGAACUCACAAUCGACGAGGUGAUCGAGCAACACAUCGGACCAUCUGGAUUUGCUGAGAUCCUACAUGCUCUCUUCGUCUCUAUCCCUGUGCUCUUCGACGCCCAAACCAGUUUCAUAUCAAUCUAUUCCGACCGUCAGCCUGCUGCGAGACUUGUAGCAACCGGCACCGCUAUAGAGAGUUCAUCGUUGUGUGGAUUGCCCACCGAUAAAUGGGAGUGGAUCGGAGGAAAGAGAAGCAGUGUCGUUUCGGAAUGGAAUCUCAUAUGUCAACAUAAAUUUCUAGUUGCUCUUCCCUCCACGUUAUUCUUCGUGGGCUCACUUGUCGGUUCCGGUGUCUCCGGAAUUCUUGCCGAUUCAUCACUUGGUCGGAAAAAAACUCUGUUUCUCUCUUGUUUCUUGGCGUUCAGCACGGCAUUUUCUAUCUCCUUCUCUCCAAACAUAUGGAUCUAUGCAUUCUUGCGCUUCAUGAAUGGCUUUUUCAGAUCGGGAAUUGGGUCAUGUUGUGUUGUACUCGCGACCGAGACGGUUGGUAAAAAGUGGCGAGGCCAAACCGGGCAAUAUGGGUUUUUUUUCUUCGCGAUGGGACUCCUUUCGUUGCCAGUGAUGGCAUAUUUCGAAAGGAGUUCAUGGAGAAAUCUCUACCGAACGAUGUCUUACCUGCUUCUGGGGUACGCCCUACUUAUGCUACCGUUUUCCUUGGAAUCUCCACGCUGGCUCCUUAUAAAAGGACGCAACAACGAGGCGAUAACGGUGUUGAAGAAAUUGGCUAGGCUCAACGGGAAAAAACUUCCAGCGGAUCUUAAGCUUAUUGAUCCUCCGAAAAGAGUUAAUCAAAGUUCAUCAGAAAAGCUAUGGAAGAGGAAAUGGGCAGUGAAAAGGGUGUUAAUGGUAAUGAUCGCUGGGUUUGGUACUGGGUUUGUGUAUUAUGGGAUUCAACUAAACGCCGAGAAUCUAAAGUUCAAUCUUUAUAUUGCGGUUCUUGUUAAUGGUGUGAUGGAGAUUCUGGCGUUUUUUGUUGGCACGGUUCUACUUGGAAUCAUGAACCGCCGCCCUUUAUUUUCAAGUUUGUCAUUUGUUGCGGGACUUUUCUGUAUAAUCUGUGGGGUACUCUCCCUCCAGGACACAACAGCCACAAAAUGGCUGCAACUUGCCGUCGUGGCUUUGGGUUUUUUCGCAUCUGGACUCGCGUACAAUAUCCUGUACACGUACUGCAUUGAAUUAUUUCCAACAGCUGUGAGAAACUUAGCAGUUUCACUUCUCCGUCAGGCGUUUAUGCUAGGAGCGGCUGCGGCGCCAUGGCUAGUUGCAGUAGGAAGAAAAAGUCCAAUAUGGUCCUUCAUAACCUUCGGCGUUGUAUCAGUUUUAACCGGCCUUGUAAGUUUCUUCCUAAAAGAAACUCGGAAUGUCCCGUUUUGCGAGACCCUCUCGCAGCAAAAGCAAGCUGAAGAAGUUCCGAACUGAACUGAACACUCUCUCUCGUAGUCGUACUUAUAUCUU